UGGACAGCAAACAUUUUUUAGACGUUUCUUUCUCCCGAAGCGUAAUUCACGUCGCCAUCCAAUCGAACUGCUUUCCACCCGCUACCUCGUGUCCGCGACGAAGUCUCUUUGCCGUACUGUGCGACGAACAUCACGUCGUUUCUCUCACUGUGAUCCGAGCUCUUCACGCCGCCUCCGUUUCUCGGCAGCGGAGGACGCGAUGUCAGACGCCGUCAUCAACGGCGUUGCGGGUGCCGGCGGCGGAAUCAUCGCUCAGCUCAUCACUUACCCCUUGCAGACUGUCAAUACUCGUCAGCAGACGGAGCGCGAUCCGUCCAAGUCCAAUGCUGGAGAUGGAACUAUCAAGCAGAUGUGCCAGGUGGUGAAACAGGAGGGAUGGAGGCGGCUCUAUGGAGGGUUGACGCCGUCGCUGGUCGGCACAGCGGCGUCCCAGGGCGUGUAUUACUAUUUUUAUCAACUAUUUAGGGACAAGGCAGAAGCUACUUCCCUUGCUCGACAAAUGAAAGGUGUUGGAGAUGGAUCUAUUGGAAUGCUCCAAUCACUUGUAGUUGCUGCAUUUGCUGGAUCAGUAAAUGUGCUGAUGACAAAUCCUAUAUGGGUAAUAGUCACACGCAUGCAGACUCACAAGAAAGCCAGCAUAUCCUCAGAAAAUCUUGUUUUAGCAAAUGCUCCUGAUGAUGUGCUUGAAGAUGUUGUUGUUGAACCUCCGCCUUAUGGGACUAUUGAUGCUGUUCAAGAACUAUUUAGUGAAGCAGGUUUAUUAGGCUUCUGGAAAGGAGUACUACCAACAUUAAUAAUGCAUCCAUGGCUUCAGGUCAGUAAUCCGUCUAUUCAGUUCAUGUUGUAUGAAGCAAUGUUGAAGAAGAUGAAGAAAAAACGUGGCUCAACCGCGAAAGGUGCUGAAGGAUUGGCAGCUUUUGAGAUUUUUCUUCUUGGGGCUGUCGCCAAGCUUGGAGCUACAGUUGUGACUUAUCCCCUUAAUGUUGUCAAGGCAAGGCUUCAAGCAAAGCAAGCUCUUGAUAUUGAUAGGAGGCAUCACUACCAAGGUACUUGGGAUGCAAUUAGGAAAAUGAUCAGAUACGAAGGCCUUGCUGCCUUCUACAAGGGAAUGCGCACUAAGAUAGUGCAGAGUGUGCUUGCUGCUGCUGUCCUCUUCAUGGUGAAGGAGGAACUUGUGAAGGCGGUGAAAUUAGUUCUGAACCGUGACCUCAGGCUAGUUGAAAAAUCAAAAGCGAAGCUUUCCCGGUGAUUAUGGUUUCUCAUUCUUUAUGUUCUAG